GUUUCGUUUCCAUAGAAACGGCGACAUGUCAACAAAUUGAAAUUUCCUUCAAUUCACGCAAGUCGCGAAGAAAUAAUUUAAUUACGAUGAAAAACAUUGAUUUUUAGUAACAAAAACUUGAAUUGCACUUAGUCUAUCUUCCAAAGAUCUUCUCCAUGAUGGGCCUACUGAAUAUUUUGAAAAAGCUGCGGUCUAACCCUGACAAAGAGUUGCGUUUGCUACUUCUUGGACUGGACAAUGCUGGUAAAACGACACUCCUGAAGCAGUUGGCGUCAGAAGAUGUGAAUCAUGUCACUCCCACAGCGGGUUUUAAUAUUAAAUCAGUUUUAUCCAAUGGUUUUAAGCUAAAUGUGUGGGAUAUCGGCGGUCAGAGGAAGAUAAGACCGUAUUGGAGAAACUAUUUUGAAAAUACCGAUAUUUUGAUUUACGUAGUGGACUGUUCUGAUCACCAAAGACUGGAGGAAACUGGUCAAGAGUUAGCAGAAUUACUGGAAGAUGACAAGUUACGUGGCGUACCACUGCUGGUGUAUGCAAAUAAACAAGACUUGGCUACAGCAUUACCAGCCAGUGAGAUAGCCCAGCACCUAGGUCUGCACCUCAUAAGGGAUCGCACUUGGCAGAUACAAGCCUGUGUAGCUACUGAUGGCACUGGAGUCAAGGAGGGAAUGGAGUGGGUCUGCAAAAACAUCCCCGCUAAGAAAUAAUACAUUUCUAUACUUAUGAUAAAAAUAAUUCCUUACGCUUAACGUUAGUAGAAGUUGUAUUAUUAUCUUUAAAUAAUAAUAAUGUUAAAAAGUAAUGACUACCAAAUGAAAAUAAUGAUAUUAUUUAUUUUAAAACUUAUUCUAGUCUGAAGGAAUCCGUCCAAAGUUAUAUUAUGUGAUUAUGAAAUACUUUAUCAGCUAAUUCGAUGCUUGACUAUGUAUUGCUGAUAUUAAAUAACUUUUUAUACUUUUAAGUACCUAAAAAUAAGUUUAUUUAAAUAUUUAUUCUAUAUAAAUCUAUGUAGAAAGAAGCAAUAACCGCGCGGUUUAAAUAUAUGCUCUUGUAAACAGUUGUGAAUGGCACGUUAAACUGUAGGUCCCGGUUGUCAUUGAACAUCAUUGCCAGUGGUUACGGGUAGUUAGAAACCAGUAAGUCUGACACCACUCUAACCAAGGGGUAUCGAGUUGACCGGGUAACUGGGUUAAGGAGGUCAGAUAGGCAGUC